AUGGACCCAGUAAACCCGGCCUCGCUGCCUCCCGAAUACUGGAGUCUGGAUCCGUAUGCCAACCAGGACUCUUCACAUCACCAUUCACACCCUCCUCAGCAGCAGUCGACUCCACAACCACCACCACAGCAGCCUUUGGGAAUAGGCUGGGACCAUCCUGUGUUGCAUUCACAGCAACUCCAACGUGACCAGGGCCAUGGCUUAUAUCAACCGCCAACGCCCCAGUCAUGGCAGCAAAACCCGCUGCAUCACCAACCUGCCAUGGCUCCCCCAACACCGCAGGAACUGGGGAUGCCGGCGCAGUAUCGGCAGGUGCCACCGUAUGCCCAGGAACAGGUGACAUUUGACUCGAGACCCCCAGCAUCCGAUAAUUCUCACUACCAGUCAUACUCAUUUAAUCCCAACUUCUACGCCCCUCAACAUAUUGCGAUUCCGGAUGCCUUCUCACAGUCACACUCGCCGCAACCCCCUCAGCAGCAGCCACAACCUGCCUCCUACCCACCACUGCACCAGAACUCUCUUCCGCAAUAUGCCAUUUCCCCCGGGUUCCCUGAUGACCCUACGCACCCCUCCAUCAACUUUCCCAAUGAAUUUUCACAGCAGCCGCAAGGUAUUCCGGAGCAGACGAUUAACCCGCAGUUCAUCAACCCUCCCCAGCCGGUGACACAGAACUCCUCUCUAAACAAUCCCUCUUUAAACAAUCAAUUUGUUUAUGUAAACCCCGCAGAGGAUCCAAAGUAUUUCCCGGAUAAUGUACCCAUGCAGUCGGUUAUGAGCCAGCCUAGAAUGAACAGCGGCCUUGUUCCUGGCCAGGCUCCGAGGGCUGCGGUCGCUCCUAUCAAUGGCCUUAAAGCUCCACCAGCAAACCCUCCUUUGGCAGCUAAGCCUGCGCCCAUACGAGCUAAACCACCCGCUACUAAAAAGCAGUCUCAACCUAAAAAGGCAGCUAUUAAAAAGGCAGACGGGAAAGGCUCGGUUUCUUCGGGCUCAGAUAGUUACGAGUCUGAUGACUCUCUUGAAAUACAGGAGCCAGAAGAGCCAUCUCCUCUACCGCCUACUCGCCCUAAUGAACCUGAAGCUGCUGCACAGUAUGAUGCGCUCCGUGCUGUGUGGUCUCCGCGUAAUAGACGGCCUAAGGUCGACAAAGUUAAGAACGCAUUAGUUGCAUUCAAAGACGUUGUUAAAAGCCUAAGGGAUACGUGGAAAGAAAGCGCCCAGGCUUUGAAAACAGCAGAAAAUAAGGGUGAAUCGAGCAAUACAAGUGAGCUUAGAAAGCAGGUUGCCCUGCAACGACGCCUCAUGGAUGUCGUCGUCAGUACCACUCUUGCCAAAGGUCACCCUAUCAUCGUUGAAAAGCUGGGUGAACAUCCCAUGGCUGUAGCAGCAAUGUACUCUUUCCUCUUGGACCGGCACCAAGCCUCCGAUAUUGACGGAACGUUGACUUUGAAUAUCCUGAAGUUGCUCGCCCGAUUCAUCACUGUUGAUGAAGAUGUCCUCCAGAAAACGAAUGUGGCGAAAUUGCUCCCAAGAUUUGUGAAGAAGGGCACUCCAGAAGUGAAAACUCUUUCACAAACCAUACUCGACAACGCCGCCGCAAGGACCAAGCGGAAGCAGGAGAAAAGAAAAUCAGAUCCACAGGAAGGUUCGCCCGCCAAAAACCCUGAUGGCGCAGCUGUAGAUGGUGCGCGUAAAGAUAUCUCUGGGUCUAAACGGCCACGAGAUGGGGAGACCAACGGGCAACAGCCGGCUGCGAAGAAGGUAGUAGUUACGUCAAAUACCAAGCCCGGCUUGAAGCCCAGCGGGCCAUCCACUAAUGGCGCGGCUAAGCGCAAUCAAGAGGCUGGGCAAGAGAACAAGGCCCCUGGAGGCGCGGCUUCUAUUGCCGCACGCCCAAAGGCGAACAUUGUUGCACCAAAACCCACGAACCUUUUUGGAACUCUAACUUCCGCGUCCAAGAAACCCGGUACAUCGAAUGCGGAGAGAGCCGCCGCAGCCGCUAAGACCAGCACUCCUGCUGAAAAGAAAGAUGCCCCCCGACCAGCAUUUUCUUUCGGUGAUAUCAUGGCAGACCUUAACAAGCAGAAAGAACCUGCUCCACAGGAGACUCCUGAAAGUAAAACCCCCGAGACAGAAGAAGAACGGGAAAAGAGACUCCGCAAGGAGGCGCGAAGAAAAUUGCGCGUCACCUGGAAACCUGAUGACUCUCUUACUGAUAUUCGCUACUUCACCCACGAUCCGGAUGAGGAGCUUGGACCGGGUGACCGUUCUCGACAAGUAGGUGACGUGAAGGGUGAAGGAAGCGUCCUCAAACUUCACAAGAAUCUGGAUGAGCUUGAAGAGGAUGAUGAUAGCGGUGCGCGAGAGGAGCAGCUCUUUGAAUACUAUGCUCCCUCUGAAAUUGAUGAUGGCGACAUCCCCGCUGAGGACCGUGCGAGGAACCAUAUUAAACGUUGUGGCACCCAGAAACCUACGAGUCCCGAAGCGAAGGCUCAGGAGCAUCGGGAAGCCACGACGCUUAUGGUGUUCCACACUUCGCCUGCGGAUGUGCCCCCGUCUGCUAAGGAGCCCCCACCUCCGGAUAAUGACGAAGAGGUGCCCGAGGUCCUUCCAUUUGGAGAGUUGCCAGAUCAAGUCAAGGCUAGACAAGAGCGGUAUUAUUCGAUGACCAAGCCUCAGCCGACUCCCCAGGGCCAGCCGAGCGCGCAGAAUAAUCAGUUCGUCUUUAACCUGCUCAAGUCCAUCCAAAACCCUGGCCAGCCGCAACAGUCAACUCCCCCACCUCAAGCUCCCACCCCGACGCAAACCCCUGCUUUCAACCUGGAGCAAACGAUCAGCAUGCUUCGACAACAGCAACCUCAGCCGCAGCCACAGGUGCCUCAAGUCCCGCAAAUUCCUCAGCCCCCUGCAAUCGACCAGCGGCUUCUGGCUAUGCUUUAUGGUGGACAACAACCGCAACCACAACCGCAGCCAGCGCAAUCACAGCCGCCGCCUCAGCCUCAGCCUCAACCUCAACCUCAAGCCCAGCCUCAGCAGCCGGCCAUACCGCCAUAUCUUGCUGCCAUCAUCUCCCAGUUCAGCAACCAAAAUCAAACCCAGCAAACGGGUGGCAGCACCCCUCCUCAAGCCGCGGCUCCAGCUCAGCCUCAAUCAUCGGGGCACUACGAGGACCCAGAGCGUAAACGUAUGCGUGAAAAUGGUGGCUCUGAUGGCGACGAUAGGUGGAAGCGGAACCGAAUGAACCCACCCAAUAAGAAACACCCCAAGGUCGGAUUAGUUGCAUGCCGAUACUGGGCUGAAGGAAGGUGUCUCAAGGGCGAUGACUGUACAUUUCGCCAUGACCCUCUUUAA